AUGGCCACCAUCGUCUUCUGCUCUGUGAACAAAACGGCUCGGACUACCGCGAGACGUUGCUUGACUUCACAUUUAAAGGGGCUUGCUAGUGCAGGGGAGUCGCACUUGCCGUUGCCCUCCACUCACAGCUCGUCACUGACUUUGCUUCCGGGAACGAGAUGGCUUUCCAGAGGCUCCAGCGUACGGUUCAUGUCCCAUGGGACUGCAGGAAGAGCCGCGGCCGGGCGAACCAGGAGGGGAGCCCUGGCGCUCGGUGGAGCCGCCGCGGUGACAGCGGCAGCGGCGGUAGCUGGGUUUCUAGCCAACGCUAACCACUUCCAGCGUGCGGAGAUGGCAACGAAGGUUUUACGAGACCCCGAGGAGAGGGAGCCAGAGGGGGAUAUCUUGGAGAGGUGUCGGGGUUUCAUGUCUCCUCCGGUGACCGACAUCGCUGUGCUGCAGCAGACGAAGGGGGAGAUGAGGACGAGGAUGGAGAUGCUGAUCAUGGAGACGCAGGCCGAGUUCUGCAAAGCCCUGCAGGAGGUGGACGGUGGGACGUUCAAGGUGGACCAGUGGCAGAGGAAGGAAGGUGGCGGAGGAAUCAGCUGUGUGAUGCAAGAUGGGAAGGUGUUUGAGAAGGCAGGGGUCAAUGUGUCAGUGGUGUCUGGAUACCUGACGGAGGAGGCCGCCAAGCAGAUGAGGAGCAGAGGGAAGGUCCUCAAAGGGAAAGAUGGUAAGCUGCCAUUCUGUGCCAUGGGUGUGAGCUCAGUUAUCCACCCCAAGAACCCCCACAUCCCCACGGUGCACUUCAACUACAGAUACUUCGAGAUUGAAGAGGAAGAUGGCUCUAAGCAGUGGUGGUUUGGUGGAGGCACAGACCUGACUCCAGUUUACAUUAAUAAAGAAGACGCCUUCCACUUCCAUAACACCCUGAAGGGGGCCUGUGACAAGCACCACUCGAAGUACUACCCCGAAUUUAAGAAAUGGUGUGACAGAUACUUCUACAUCCGGCACAGAGGAGAGACUCGUGGUAUAGGAGGGAUCUUCUUCGAUGACCUGGACUCCCCGACUCAGGAGGAGGCAUUCAGCUUUGUCAAGAGCUGCGCCCGCACUGUGGUGCCCUGUUAUCUGCCCAUCGUAUACAAACACCUCAACGACUCCUUUACUGAUGAGGAGAAGGCCUGGCAGCAAGUACGACGAGGAAGAUAUGUGGAGUUCAACCUGGUGUAUGACAGGGGUGUGAAGUUUGGCCUGGCCACACCUGGCUCCAGAAUUGAGAGUAUUCUCAUGUCCCUCCCCCUCACUGCCAGGUGGGAGUACAUGCACGAGCCUGCCAAAGGUACACGGGAGGCCAAGAUGCUGGAUGUGUUACGAAACCCCAAGGAGUGGGUGUGACCUGUUCACAGGUUUACAUGUCAGUAUGGACAGAAGUGUUAGCACAGAUCAGCAGCAUUUAACACCAUCUCUACCAAAAUAAUAAGAAACUGCACUUGUCUGUGUUUUUUAGUUUUUUUUAAUCGCCGUUGGUACUUUUUUGUCUUUCCUGUUUGCUUUGUUUUGUCAAACCUGCCUUGCUAGCACUUAAUUACUCUCUGAUUGCAUUAUUACUCAUAAUGAGACAUUGUUUUUUAAACUUGAGCUUUGUGCCAUUGUUUACUGCCUGGCAAACCAAAGAGUGACCGAAUAAUGUAACUUCACUUGUGGCUGUUAUGCCGGCUUUUAGGUCAUCUCACACUGAUCCUGUGCUCCUUUUUUAAGAUGUGUCAGACACUUGCUGUGUUUUUUUUUGUUGCCAUGUCUGGGCUAAACGUGGCUUGCUCUACUUGAAGCUGUCAGAGUUCUGCUCUCCUCUACUCUUCUUAAACAAAGCACUGAAAGGGAAAAUCAGGACAAACUGAGCCACUAGAUGUAUGUGUGCCACUGCUGGUAUCAAAUGUUAAUACAUCUGCUUUGUGAUGAUUCAGUGCAUCUGCUUUCAACUGAUGCUAAAUAAUAAUAAUGACUGACCCCUCCUGAUUCAUUUGUGGUUAAUGAGUCACUUUACUGGUUUGUUAGAACAACAGGAGUUAUACUGGGAGUCAUGAUCAGAUUCCACAGAGAGGAAAAAAUGUGAAUCACAGACCAGGUGGCUGUUUUGUGUAAGGUUUGUAAAACAAAAGGCCAUGUGAAAACUGUUUAUAGAUAAUUACAAUAAAUUGUUUGUUCUACCUUUG